AGCAUUUAUAGCUCCUCCCCCUCCAACAUCACCACAUGUCUACAGGUAAAUAUUUUACACAAGGCUUGUCACCUGCUGCUGAAACACACAGAUCUUCAAAAAUGGAGAAAGACAUGAAUCCACCUCCAUAUCCUGGACCUCCAAUGAACCAAAGCAAUGUGCCCUACCCUGGUCAACCGAUUGCAUACCAACCUCAACCAGUUUACCCCCCUCAAUCCUCACAGCAACACUAUGAAGUCACAAGAGUCACCACCACGACUUCAGCUGCUGUAGGACCUGCACAAGCACCUGCCGUAGUCACACAGUAUGUGGUUAUGCCACUCAGCCUGACUGAUGUACCAGGGCAGAUCAAAUGCAGUUACUGCCAGCAACAAGUCAUCACAGAGACGAGAUAUGUCAAUGGUCUACUCACCUGGGCCAUCUGUGGAGGUCUCGGUAUUUUGUUGAUUUGGCCGUGUUGUUUGAUUCCAUUCUGUGUGGACGCCUGCAAGGAUGUAGAGCAUCGCUGCCCAAACUGCAGAAAUGUUGUUCACAUAUACAAACGCAUGUAACUUACUCAAAAACACACAUAUUCCAAGCAGAAAUUUUGAUCAGUUUCAAUGAAUGUACCAGGACUGUCCCAACAUCAUAAUAAUUGUGUCAUUUCCUUUCUUCUGAUUUAAACAAGAAUCGUAUAUCAUGCACAAGUUAAUUUAACACAUUUUCACUCUAUGUUGGCAUUUUUGCACAAAUAUGUUUUAUGAAUGCGUUUAUUUAAUUAAAUUGUUGUUGUUUUUUCAAAAGUC